AUGGAUAUGUCAGAUGUUCAAUUCGAUAGGAACUGGGAUGAAUUCCCUACUGGAGAUGGUCUUAGGGUUCUUCCACAGGCCAUAAGCAGCAGUGAUCUUCAAAGUGAGAAGGAGGCACCCCUCAUCAUUGUCAGGAAAGAGAACAGUUCAGAUAACAUGGUACAACCAGGAUGGCUUGAAAAUUUUGAUUUGGCCUCGGCUCAAAAAAGAUACCAAAUCCUUGCUACUAUGCUUAUUAUUGGACUUCAAUUUGCUUGCGCCUUUGGAAACUUUAGUGUUCUUGCCUUCGUACCCUUGAGAGAUCCUAUCGAACCAGGUUCUUAUCAUCCUCGACUUGUACUUUUGUUUAACUUAGUAGGAUCUGUUGCAUCUGGGAUUUUCAGUGAUAAGUUUGGAAGAAAAAUGGCUUUCGAUAUCAUUCUCAUGGUGUUCAUGGCGGUCUGUUUCUUAUAUUUUUCUGGUAUAGUGGUCUCUUUUAUGUUCUAUAUAGUCAUUAUUGCUUUUCUUGGGGGUGCUACAUCCACCGUUGGCGCGAUAUUCAUUUCCGAAACGAUGGCAAACAAAAUGAACCGCGGAAGCCUCAUUGCAAAGCAAUUUCUUGGAGAACUGUUUGGCCAGUUAGUUUCCAUGAUAACCAUAAUCAUUUCAUCUUCAUCUGUCAGCCAGAAAUACAAGGACUACUACUUUACUUUCGACAACCUCUUGAUGCCUGAGGUAGUGGCAACGGCGGCCAUGGUGGUGGCCGGGUAUACGUACUUCUUCUGGGUUAAGAGGAUACCUGAGAGCCCUCGCUACACCUACUUUGUUUGGAACAACUCAAGGAAGGCUGCUUCAGACGCGAAGAGGCUACUAAUUCGUGAAGUAACAAACGGGGAGGAGGAAGAAGCUACUGUUUUUCAAAACCUAACCUUUGGUUUAUUUAGCUGGGAAUUUUAUAAUCUCCAUGGCUGGCACUUGUUGGGAGUCACCGCUACUUCUUUUGUAAACGGCAUUAACUACCUCACUCAGCUGUUAUUUCUAAACUUGAUUUUCCACCAGUAUGCUCUGUUGGUCCCUCCUUCUAAACCGGAAUUGCUUUUGUUUUUGGCUAUGCUGAUGACUGUGACUACUGUUCUUGGCUUCUUGUGCCAGGUUUUCUUAAUUGAUCGCAUCAACCGUUUCUGUAUCCUGUUUGCAUGUUUCUGCAUCAAGGCUGUGUUAAUGGUACUUGUUCUACUAGAAACUCCAUGGAAGAAGAAAGAUAACAUCACCGAGCUUUGUGUGUAUUAUGUUCUUUGCAACAUCAUCUACAAUUUUGCAAAUGCAACUAAUUUCGUUGUGGCUGCCGAGAUCUUUCCAACAAGGAUGAGGGGAACUUGCCAUGGUAUAACAGUUGCUGGUAAUAGGCUUGGACUAUUUCUUGCUAUAAUUUGCUUAUUUGUUGCAGGUCACCAUUUUCAGCUGAUUUUAGGUUUUCUUGCUUGCAUCAAUGUGAUUCCUGGAAUUGCGGCGUCCUUCUUGGUGAAGGAAUCAAAGGGGAAAACCCUAGAAGAUGCGAGCAACGAGCACGGAUUAGAGUAG